AUGGCAGUGGACGGGACCGGUGCCAAAAGGACCGGCUCAGCCCCGCCGUCAAGACCUGGUCCUUCCCCGACAUCGGCCGCCGCUCCAGUCGCCGGAAAAUGCAGGUUUUUGGCCGGUUUUCGCCCGAAACUUCACCGGCUCGAUCUCCCUCCUCCGGCCACCGUUUCUGGUGAUUGA